AAGCUGCUUAGGUGUAUUGCAUUUGAUUAAAACCUUGAGGUUUUAGAGGUUUUAAAUAAUUAAAACGGCAGUUUAAACGCAAGUACUUUUCUAGUGUUCACCCACGCGAUAAUUUGGUGAAUUUUUAAUUAACUCUGACGUGCAAGAUAUUUAUUACUUAGCACGAGGGCAUUGUGAUUGUAAGUAUGAGUUUACAUAUUUUAUUUAACGAGACAUAUUUUUUUUAAAAAAUAUUGCUAAAAUGUUUAUAACCAUUUCAUUUGUGUGAUGUUGUAUUUACGCUUACUGAUGUGCACGUGUAUUUUAAAUUCUCUUUUCUCCACAAAAAAACAAAUGCAAUGUUAUUCUUACAGCCAAUACAUUAUCUUCUAAAUGAUCUUGUUCCUUUGAUACAGAGAAUGAUCUAUUGUAAAUGUGUAAAUUUAAAGUAUUGUUUAAUGCUAAAAUUUUUUCUUACAUAUACUAAAGUUAGUUGACCUUUUAAACAUUUAAUUAAAUACUACUCUAAAUGAAGUCUUAGACAAUUUUAAAUAAAACUACUUUAAAUAAUAAUGCUUUAGACAAUCUAGACAAACCCAAAGUCUUCACAAUCAAAAUUAGUUGUUUUGGAAAAGUGUAAAUUCAAAGGACUGUAGGCGUUGCUUUGUUCUAAUUCCUCUGGCGGCAUCACAUCGAAUAUGUAAAAUAUCGAGUCAUUAAUUCACACCCCCGCAAUCUUUCAUCCUCGAGCACGCAGUUCUUAUAAAAAGUCGUCAGCCUCUUGGGCCUGCGGUCUGUAAUGUUCAGCUUUUGAGCAAGCAAAGUAUCUUAACUUUCCACAUCAGAUGAAGAUCCUUUUAUACCACAUUUAAUAUUGUAAACGACUAACACUCGUUAUCAUGUCCUUCUCUUGCGUGAGAGUUGCCUCCCUUCUCUCUUGUCGUCUGCUCACGCUACACAUAGGCUUUAUUGCAGUCCUUUCGAUAAGUUUCUUCAGUUCUCGUGGCUGGGGUGGUAGUCAUCUACUAAUGUAAGUGUCGUAAUUUCGAAAGAAAUCUUUUCUUUCUCCACAAAGAGUGGAUUUUUUUCAUUCGAGCUGAGUCCGGCGUAAUAUGCUGACGGGGAAGAACAGACGAGUGGAGUGCAAGUCCCUGAUGUCCUGGUUAUUGCUUAUCUUGGAAAAUAGCAAUGUUUGUUCUUCCUUAAGUAAUUACUAGUAAAUUCAUUCCUAUUAGCUCUCUAGAUAUAACGUUCCUUUCUCUUUCGCGCAAUACUCAAUUAUUCAUCUGCCACACAGUUAUUAUAAUUUUGCUUACUGCAUAAUACCAAUUCGUUGGUUCUGCCGCACAUUAAAUAGUUUACAGUUUUGAAAUAAAAAUAUAACAAUAAAUAAAUAGUAAAUAGAGGGGCUACAAAAGAUAGCUUGAGUAGUCAAGGAAUUAUAUUUUGUACACUGACUUCUGAUUUUCUCACACACUUCAGCUUUGCUGUACUUUCACGUCAGCAAUGUAUUCAUGUACAUACAUGCUUACGGAGUGAACUUCGUCGACCAGUGCUCCCUUCAACUCCCACGCUUUCUAUCCGGACCAUACUCACUAACGUACGCACCUAACCUGCUUACCAGACAGUGGUUACAAAAUGCUAUACAUGACAAACAAUAUUGCAGGAUAGUACUUUGUGAAAAGUAUUGUUGACAAAGAACAUUGGAAUGUAGCCUUCGAUUGAGAGUGGGGUAUGUUAUGUGGAAGAGAAUUCCACUGCCUAAUGAAUCUGAAUUAAAGUACAAGGAAAACAAAACCCUUAACUCGAGAAAAAAUAUAGAACUAACUGGAGAUAUAACAUUAAAUACAUGCCUUCAUCAAUAACAAUACUCUUGGCUAAACCUAAAUUGAGCUUAUCACAAAGUAAUUACAGUAAACUAUGAACAAAACGUUAAAAAGGAAAUCUGAUAUAUUCUUAUCUUUUAUUGCUUGACUCUCUUGAUGUUAUAUAAAAACAUAUUUAUUAGAGUCUUUUUGCACCGAUUCAGCUAAAUAUGUAGUUCUUAGUACUAUUAUAUUUUGCUUUCUGUGUCUUUAACUUUCAAAACGGAUUAGAAGUUUAUGAGUGAGCUUACAAUGUCAACAAAUUUAUAUGUCUAUAUGCUUUUAACAAUGUAGUUGAAUGCCAAGGAUAUAGUUUCUGGUCGAGUCUAUGGUAGGUAAUUUUCGGUACUUCAGGAGAAUCUGCAACAAGUAAUAACGGUAUACAAAGUAAUUGGUUUUUUUUUUUUUUGCGUCUGUCUUUCAGUUUGCGUAUACAUGCAUGCACGUGCUGUAUGUUCUUUAUGUUUAGUAGGUAUGAAUACAAAUGAUGAAAAUUUAACUUACCUGCUCACGGCGUUUAUCUGUGUGACUUACCAACUUUGCAUUUUCCUCUCUUGGUCCAGUUUGAUACGCUGGAUUAUGUGAAACUGUUCCUUGUCGAAAUAUUUAAAUAUACGGUUUUUAAGCGACCGAGCAUACAAAAAUCGGGUAAAUCCUAGUUUUGUUUCCUCAGAGACACGGUCACGCUUUGGGUUGUGUUAUGAUCUUGCUCAAGUACAGAUCUUCCUCCAAAAAAUAUUAGGCUUUAACAAAAAACGAGUGUAAGUCGCUGCCUCUGAGCCACAAGUUUUAAAGUAUCAUUCAGAUCCCGAGAACUAAUUUGUUUCUACACAGAAACCGAAAUUAUGAAGCGGCGGAAAAAAUAUUCUGGAGUAGAGGAAUGAUUUGUCAGUGCAUUUGGGUUACAAUCAUCUCAGACCACUGCGAUAAUUCCCUGGUGUGAAAUGUCUUCAAGUGAGAUCUAUUAACCCCGAAGGAUGCUUAUAUUGCCAAGUCAUCUUACGACCUUGAGCAUACUCUUGAUUUUUGCAAAAGGGAAUAUGCAGCGAAAUGUAGCGUGCCAGACGACAGUUGACACAAGAAAUCAGUGCUUCGCAUCAAUAGUGCUGAACACAACACAAAUGGACAAAAAGUCUUUUCAACUGGUGUACAAAGACUUUAACAAUACUGAACAUCCUGCUCUUGACUGUGACUGGAUUGAUACUCUAAGCUGCAACACGGAUAGAGGCUACAAUUACACGGACUUUCAUAACGGCACUGUUCAAGUACAAAUAAAUACUACUUUAAACUGUAUGAGAAAUGGCAGAUUUGAGUUUUCUGUAUAUUCCACAAGCCCAGUGAACUGCUCAAUGAAACAAGAAACAUUUGACGCAAGAAAUUCACAAGCAUGUCUUAACGAGAUCAAGGACAAUGAUGGCAAUAACUGCAAUUCGACCACGCCUCCAUCAGGUUUUUUAUACACAUCUGUCGUGACUGACAGGGAGUCUGUUUCGCCUACGCCUGAAAAUAAUGGAAAUAACUCGAAUCAACAAACAGCCAUCAUUGUAUCUGUCCUAGUCGUCCUAGUCGUCCCAGUCGUCCUAGGAGUAGUAUUGACUCUAGUCAUCCUGUGGAAAAAGAAACUGCUUUGCUGGAAACAACAGCAGGAAGAUGCAACAGAAGAAGAAAAAGCUAAUUUAUAACACACUCCACAGCAAGUCACUAGUAAAUCAAAAAAAUGUUACAGGUGCAUGCUUUGUUCCAAACUAUUGUGUUACUGAGUAAAGUUUUAUUAAUGUGUUUUGUACAGUAAAUUUUGUAAUGUGUUUGAUUUUUAAUAUUAAAAGAUUCUUUUAAAG